CGAUAGUUGUGUAAACAGUCCUUUCAGUAGAAGGAAGAUACUUUUGUUGUCAGAUAUUGACAAUUGUUAAGGAUAAACAGAUUAUCUGAUGUUUUGUUAUUGAUGAGAAAAUGUCAGAAGCAAAACAUCACCAAGCGAAUUAUAAAGGCUGGCUCUAUAAAUGGACUAAUUAUUUAAAAGGCUAUCAGAAACGAUGGUUCGUCCUUCAAAAUGGUUUGUUGUCGUAUUACCGCAACCAAGCUGAGAUGGCACAUACAUGUAGAGGUACAAUAAACCUGGCAAAUGCUAGUAUACAAACUGAAGAUUCUACUACCAUAGUCAUCAGCAAUGGUGGAGCUCAGACUUUCCACCUCAAAGCUGCAUCCGAAGUUGAUCGUCAGAAAUGGAUAAUGGCUCUAGAACUAGCUAAAACAGAAGCCAAAAAAAUGGCUGAUGCAGUGAUUGUCCUUGAUUCAGAGAGUGACGAGGAAGAGGUCCAGCAGCCAGAUAAGGCAGAGCUGAACAUAAUGCUACACAACCUGAGUGUCAAGCUUCAGGACCUAAACACCUGCAACGACCUGAUAGCCAAGCAUGGACAUGCCCUGACCAAAACCCUGUCAGAGCUAGAGGCAACCCACAACCCAGCAGAUGCUGCCAGCAACAUGAAGUCUGUGCAGGAGAGAGCCACCCUUUUUAGGAUAACAGUCAAUGCUAUGAUCAAUGCCUGCAGUGAGUUCAACCAGCUGUCCCAGACGCAGGGCAAACGCUGGCAAAAGAUGAUCCAGCAUGAGCAGGAACAGAAGCUGAAGCUGGAGGAGAUGGUGGAGCAGCUGGCUAAGAAUGUGGUGUCCUUGGAAAAGAAGGCCCGCAUGUCCAUCAGUGGCAUUCCUAUCAGAGAGACUGACUCUGAAGAUGAUGAGUUUGUUGAUGCUCCAGAACAUCAAUUGGAAGACAGAGAGUUAAUGGUGGCCCUACCUCCCCACACUUCAUCUGAAAUGAUGCACAGACGUACAGAUAGUAUGGAAAGCUACCCUGACAUGUCCAGUGAGUCAGAUUCAGAAAGCAGUGCCAAUGAAGCCAGGGUCUACAUGACAAAAACAUCUCCAAAAAAAUAUUCUCAGAGAGAACACCAGAGGACAUCCAGUCAGGACAAAAUUCGUCUGCCUAAGUCAACAUCUUCAGAUUCUCAUGGAUCUGACACAUCCUUAACCCGUAGGAAGCGGAGGAGAAGAAUUCCAGACAAGCCUAAUAUAAGCCUUAACCUUUGGAGUUUCAUGAAAAAUGCUAUUGGCAAAGAACUGUCCAAAAUUCCAAUGCCUGUCAAUUUUAAUGAACCACUGUCAAUGCUGCAGAGGAUUAUGGAAGAAAUGGAGUACUCUGAGAUUCUAGAUCAGGCUAGUAAAUGUGCUGACUCAGCUGAACAGAUGGCAUGGGUGGCGGCCUUUACGGUGUCUGCAUAUGCUACAACAUUGUUCCGAGUUGGUAAACCCUUUAACCCAUUGCUAGGAGAGACAUUUGAGUUUGACAGAAUGGAAGAUUUAGGAUGGAAAGGUAUCUCAGAGCAGGUAUCCCAUCAUCCUCCCAUGCUGGCCAUGCAUAUUGAUGGCAGAGAUUGGAGCACGUGGCAAGAGUUUACUAUGACCACCAAGUUCAGGGGCAGAUACUUACAAAUUAUACCUAUGGGCAUUGCUCACCUGGUGUUCCACAAGACUGGCCAUCAUUACACUUGGCGUAAGGUGACCACCACAGUCAACAACAUCAUUGUUGGGAAGCUGUGGGUAGACAACCAUGGUGAGAUGGACAUCACCAACCACACCAACGGGGACAAGUGCCACCUCAAGUAUUCAGCCUACAGCUACUUCUCAAGGGAGAACCCGAGAAAGGUGACAGGAGUGGUGACGGAUGUACAAGGUAAUGCCAAGUGGGUGCUGACUGGGACAUGGGACCAGAAAAUGGAGGCAGCCCAGAUUAUCCAUGCAGAAGAAUCUAACAAAGGAAAGCCAGUCUUUGAAACAGGUCCACACAAGACAAUGUGGAAAGUCAGACCUCCACCUCCUGGGUCUGAGAGGAUUUACUUCUUUAACCAGUUAACUAUAGAAAUGAAUGAGCCUGAGGAGGGUGUGGCUCCUACAGAUUCCAGGAACAGGCCUGAUCAGAGACUGAUGGAGGAGGGACAGUGGGAUGAGGCUAACCGUGUCAAGGUCAGACUGGAAGAAAAACAGAGGGAGGUUAGGAAACAAAGAGAGGCUGAAGCAGAGAAGGCCAGAGCAGAAGGUUUAGACUAUCCGCCCUACAAGCCCACCUGGUUCCAGAAAGAACGUGAUGUGACUACAGGGGCGCUGAUGCAUGUCUACAAUAAACAGUACUGGGACUGCAAGGAUCGGCAAGACUGGCACAUGUGUCCCGACAUCUUUUUGUGAUCUCACGCCCCCGGCCCCUAGUUUUGUCUUAGUUGGGUUGCACCAGCCUUGUUUCCGAACGUUUGAAGAUAAAGUGUGUGAGAGAGAGAAAGAAUAGGAUUCUUCUAUUGAAUAGAUCACUUACAAAGGAUGAAUUGAUUUUGUUCAUCUCGAGUUCAAUGUCAUGCUCUGUUUUGAACAUUUUUUGUGUGCCCUGUGCCAGGGGAGACAAUGCAACUGUUGGCUAACCUAAGACUAGUUCACUUAGUAUUAUUUGAUUGUUUUGAGUAUUAACUGGCCACCUAAACCUAGACAACUUGUGCUAGUUUCCUCCUCUAUUUAAGUUAUUUAUUAACAUGUCAAACUUUCCUCUUUGACCAAAUUAUUUUGUUACUGAUUUCCCUUUUGGACUGAACUGCCGGCUGUCACCUGGCAAUGGACUUUAUGUAUAUUAUGAUUUCUUCUGUGAUUUGUUGAUUUCUGACAGGGGCAAAGUGUAUGUAUAUGAAUUAUUGACCUUUGUUUUGAUUGUUAUGUGUGAUUUCAAAAAGACAAUUUGCCCUCAAUGUGAUGUCACAUAAAGCAAACAUAAGCUUGUGAUUCAAUUAAUAUAUAUAUCUCUUUAUAUUUACUUAGUUUCUAUAUGAUACUUAGUUGUGUAAACAAAAAAAGUCAAUCCAUUAUGACUCUUUGUCCCUGCUGUUCUUGAUUGGUUUAUUUGUGUCAGCUAUUUAGCUCAGUUUUAUGAGACAUUGCCACUGUGUAUUUGAGGAUGGGAAUCAUGUAGUUUGUAUGGGUUCAUCUGAAUAACUUGGUCUGCAUAGUAUCUAAAAAGUGGAUUGAUGUGUAUCAUAAUAGGGUAUUGCUGGUUGUUUUUUUUUUAAUCUUUUCUAAGAGUCUGGUUGGAUUUUCUGGAGCUUAUAGAUUUACAUGUAACAAAAUGUAUCCUCAUGGGUGAUGUAGGGCAUAGAGUCUGGUGUAUGUUCUUCAGAUUAAUAGGAACUGAACUACUGUACAAAGACAUAGUGAAGGUCUGUUUAUUUUGUAAUGUACUGGUUAAUAUUUACUGAUCACUGACAGGCCUAUGUUUAGCAUUAAUGCUGGUCAACUUCAUGCCUCUUGGGCAUUUAAUCUUGUUCCAGCAAUGUUUCAUCCAAUGAAAACUCAGUUGUAGUCGUGUGAAAGUAAUGUUUAUGUGUUGGUUUUAGAAAAUCAACUGUUAAAAUUGUGCUUUUGAUUUGAGUUCUAUGCAGGUGUGGACUAUUUCUCUUGAUUUCGCCUGCUGUUUUGAUUCCAUCACAUUCCUGGCUGGGCUGAGUUUAAGAAUGGAAGUAUAUCUACUUGUUUGUUAGGUGUCUUUCUUGGGUUAUCUUCCCUUCUUUGACAUUUUAACAAGAAGCCCAAAAAAAUCAAUUAACUCUUUCUCUCCUAAUUGACGAUACCAGUGUUGAUUCCACCAGAAUGUGGUAAAUAAUUACGGAGAGAAAGAGUUAAAGAACAAAAUAUUUUGUGGCUGCCAGAAAGUUAUUUCCAUUGAUUGAGUUUCAAUAUUGUACAACAAGAUGCACAGUUCUAUUCUCUAAUUCUUACAAGUUUCUUCUCAACAGGGUCACCUUUGUUUAAACCUGCACUAAUUAACACUAUUAAUAGAUUCCCUAGUGUUAGACAAGACUUAGGGGCAAGCCUUGGGAAAUUACUGGACAUUUUUGUUUCAUAGCUUCUCUACUGCAGUGUUGCUGUUUUUUUUUUCUCUAGACUUGUGUAGGUUUAUUGUAUAGGUGAGUUUGUGUGAGGUAUGGCCUGACAUGUCUGAUCCAAAGCUUUGCAUUUAUCCAAUUCGUGUUUAUUUAUUCCAUGAUUGUGCUUUUCAAAGUCUCCACUGUGGCAUCAAAGAUUGUGAGGCAUCAUUAUUGUCCCUUUGAUAGAGAAUGAAAAAGUUUUCGUACACAGUCAUUGUUAGUGUAGCUUACAAUUUCAUUCAACUGCUUCAUGAGGAAAAGUCAUAGAAUUAAACUGCAGCUUUAGAAUCUAGUUAUGAUAUGACAGCACAAUGAAAUACGUUGCAUGGAGAACUAGAGUCAAAUCUGACUGUAGUCUAGUGUGUUAUCUGUAGUUUUGUGUUUCAUGUGUUAGGAAUGUUUCAACAAGAAACUUCAGAUAUCGCAGCACUUCUUCUCCUCCUAUGAUGUGGCCUCAGGGUUGUAGUAAGUAGAGCUAGGGAGGAGGUGGGACUGAGAUAGGAGGUGGCCUCUGUCCAGAUGAGGUAGUACUGAGGAGGACUGCAGAGGAUGUUGGAAUUACCAGAGUGAAUGAGACUGAGUCAGCUACGAAGAGGAGAUUUGUCCUUUUGCCUGGUGUUGUAUGUCCACUUUGAGUAAAUUUGUAUAGAAUCUUGUUAGAAAUGUAAAUCAAAGUAUAAUAUCCUGAGUGCUCACCCCCUUGUAAAAACCCAACACAGUUGUUCAACUUUCUUGGUCAGUGUUCCUAGGGAAGUGAGUUGUCUCUCCUUCAAAAGUGUCAUGUGUGUGUGUAUGUGUGACAGAGCUACUAUACUUGUGUAGAAUUAGUUAUACAUUGAGUUAGUUAUUAAGUACUGUUAAAUAAAUCAAAUGUGGAUGCUGUCCAUAUUGUUAUGUUUGUAUAUUAUGUCCAUGUAUAUAAUAUGUUUUAUAAAUUCUUUGUUUUAAAUGUUGAUGACUUGUUUCAAUCAAAUACACCUAGGCUACUAUUACAGUGAUCAGUUCACAUUAUUUUGUAAGACUUAUUGUUAGUGUCCAGUCAGGCUGUGAAUUACAUACCUUUGUUAUGUUGUGCCAGUUAGCCAGUGUUUGAAAAUCUAUCCACUGUUAGCAAAUGUCUUGUCGCUCUGGAUAUCAUGUCUUGUCACUUGUCUGAAUGAGAUGACAGUGUGUGGAUGUCAGUUAAUCAGUGUCAUUUGGAGAUAUUUUUUGUUUAGGUUGUUAGCAUGUAUCAGGGCCAACUAAUGAUAUUGUAGGGUCACUUAUAGCACACUUAUAGCACGUAUCAGGGCCAACUAGUGCUAUUGUAGGGUCACUUUAAGUAUGUGUAAGGCCAUCUGUGCUCUAGUCCGGUCACUCUAAGCAUGUACGAGGACCCACAGUACCACAAUAGGGCCACUGUGUUGGUAUGUCUCAGGGCCCACUAGUGCUACAGUAGUUUCAUCUGGUUUUCCAUAUCAGCUAGCUGGCCCGCCUUGAUGACUUAUUUAUUGUAUAAUUUUGUAUUUUAAUGUAAAGAAUUGACAGUCUUAAUAAAAUACUUGUGAAUGUUAUCACAGGAUGUUUCGGGCUCAUAAUAAGUUUCAAUAAACAGUCUAAUGUAUAUAGGUCA